CUCGUCCGAACCCAACGUCCGAGCUAACAAACUCGGAUACAGCGGCCUAUAAAUAUCUGUCUCAUUUUCUGGCGUUUAUUAUCCUAUUAUGUUUACGCUUGAAGCUCGGGAAAAAGAUAUUUUGCCUCGUAACUCGUAAGGUUCUUUUGAUUCGUAUCUGAGUGACUGUCGAUCAUGGCUCUUGUGUCCGGAGGAAGGUCCACACUGAACCCGAAUGCACCACUGUACAUUCCGGCAGCUGUGCGCCAGGUGGAGGACUUCUCGCCCGAGUGGUGGAGCCUCGUCAACACUGUUACCUGGUUCAGGGACUACUGGAUCAGCCAACAUCAGGGGGAGGGCAUUUUCGGGAACUUUGAACAAAAUGAAAAAGAUGUCGUUCAAUUGCUGCCUGACACCAUUGACCUUGGUGUGGAUGAGGAUAUCUUGAAUAUGGAAGCACAAUUUGAAGAGUUUCUCCAAUCAUCCAAGGGGAUUACUGAAAAUGGUGCACAGGUGAAGGGCCAGAGUGUACCAAAAGAAGAAGCAUUUUAUGUCCCCAACUAGCCCAUAACAGUUGGGCCUUAGUCUGCAGUAUGGCCCAAUGAAGCAAACGGUCCUUUUUCUCUCUUCGUGUUGUAUAGAGCAAGGUUUUACCCUCCUUGUACUUGAUUUCCUAUUGUAUUCUGAUUCUCACGCCCUUUGUAUUAGCUUUUAACCUAAAGAAAUUAAAAAUGUAAAAAAGAGGUAUUGUAGAACUUACAAGUAUGGCUAAGAUGAAUUUUCAUAUUCACUUCUAUCAUGAGCUUGUUUCAUCAUGAACUUUUCAAAGAGUAGAUUGAGAGAGACGUGGUUGCUGCCUCAAAUCUUCACAAUCAUGUAUAACAGGAACUCAGUUUUAAUUUGAAGAACAAACUGUAAUUAUUAUGCGGAAAUAUUUUCUUUCAAACGGUAUGUCUCUAUUGAGCCAG